AUGGCGCGAUGCAGGUGCAAUGGAAAGAUCCUGUGUCUCUGUCUCUUGCCUUGUGUCAUGAUGAGUCAUCUCCUCGUCUACAUCAUGGUGUCCAUAUUUGUUGCCGUCUCCUACUCACCCCCUCAGCUGCCAGUUCAUUUCAUAGCCCCUGGUGCCUCCUCAGACACUGAAGCAGGAGCUCCCCAUCCGCUUGGCUCCUUCUGGAGCCUCCGUCUGGAGGACCGGGCUCUGUGGAACCAUUUACAGCACUUUCAGGAUAGAGAACAUAAUCCCAUACUGAGAGCUAAUGGGACUCAUACAGAAUCAACCCCUGAAACUACACGUGGGGAGGAGGAGACAAAAGACUGCAGCCCAGACCAGCGCUGGGUAUCCCACCUGCAUGACUUCAACGUCCUGCCCGAACAGAUGAAAGACUUUGUCCUGUCCAUGCACUGUCGACAGUACACCAUGCUGAGGGACCAACCAAACCUGUGCUCUGGGGAGGAUGGGGAGAUGGAAACGCCACUGCUGUUAAUGGCAAUCAAAUCACAAGUCGGGCACUUUGAGAACAGACAGGCCAUCAGGGAGACAUGGGGGAGGAGCGGUUGGGUGAAAGGGAUACCCGGAGGACGGGGUGGGCUGGUGCGAACUGUCUUCUUGCUCGGCAGGCAGGACACUUCCACUGGCCCUCACCCUGACCUAAGGGCCCUCCUUGACCUGGAGAGCAGCCAUUACAGGGACAUUUUGCAAUGGGACUUUAGAGACACCUUCUAUAACCUCACCCUGAAGGAUGUGCUCUUCUGGGAUUGGCUGUCCAAGCGCUGUCCGCACGUUCAGUUCAUCUUCAAGGGUGACGACGACAUUUUUGUCAGGACGGAUGCUCUCCUGGACUAUCUCCACAAAUAUCACGGUCACUCACUGAAUCAUAACAGGACACUGAAAGACCAGCAAAAAAAAGAGCUCUUUCUGGUAGGGGACGUUAUUACCAAUGCAUGGCCCAAUCGUCAACCCUCUGCCAAAUAUUACAUUCCUGAGAGCUUUUACAGAGGGGUGUACCCUGUUUACGCAGGGGGUGGAGGGGUGGUAUACUCUGGCGCUCUGGCCAGGCAUCUGCGGCAGGUUUCUCAGUGGGUCAGUCUGUUCCCCAUUGAUGACGUGUACCUGGGGAUGUGUCUUCACAGACUGGGCAUGUCCCCUACCCAUCACCCUGGGUUCCUGACAUUUGAUCUUCCUGAAGCUGAUAGGAGGAAACCCUGUGCAUAUGGGACUGUGAUUCUGGUGCACAAACGGAGCCCUAAAGAGAUGCUCUUGCUGUGGAGAGAACUGCAGACUCCACCAGCAAACUGCUGA